UGACACGCUAUCGGAGACGUCAGGAGUCAAAUGAUUGACGGGGACGUACAGCGAAUCAGGUGUCUGUCCGUAUUUUGCACAAACCAAUGAGGAUCUGGAAUUCAUUGUUUGCGGAAGUUGUAAAACUCUUGCCUACACAGCACGUUUUGGAGGCACGUUUCGCUCAAAUUGUCACUUUUCCCAUGUUUCUUAUCUACAGGACACCUUGUAGAAGGUGCCUUUUGUUGACGUGGAUCCACUUCACACAGAGAAGAGUCAAAAAUGUGUGUUAACGGACAUUUUAUUCACGUGUUGCCCGCGUGGGUCACUGUUUUACCUCAUGUCCACGGGGUUCAUCCUCAUUGUUUCCAGAUAUAAUUACACCCUGUACUUAUCCGACGAAACCGAGUUCAGACGUCGGCUUAAGGCUGUUUGGUUGCCCAGAUAGUGGACUCACAGAGGAGACAUGAGCCCACCGAAGCGGCUCCGCACCACAGAAGAAAAUGAAGAGGAAACACCGUCAGGAGAGCAGGAGGAGGAGAGGAGAGCAGUGGACGUGGUGGGUGAGAAGACUGACACUCCCAUACCCGAGUAUAGUCGUGCCAGUAUACAACGCUUCCUGCUGGCUGGAUGAAUGUCUGCAGGCCGUAAUAAACCAGGACUUCACUGGAACCAUGGAGCUCUCUGUCUUUGAUGACGCAAGCACUGAUGACUCCAGGAAAGUGGUGGAGAGCUGGAGGGAGAGGCUCAAGGCAAGAAGUAUCUCACUUGUGAUCUCCGGCCACAACUCUGCACAGCCCAGAGGAGUGGGAUAUGCAAAGAAUAAGGCAAUAUCUCAGAGCUGCGGACAAUAUUUGUGCUUUCAGGAUGCGGAUGAUGUUAUGUUGCCCCAAAGAGUUCGUCUGCAGUAUGAGGCGUGUCUCCUCCAUCCAGACUCUCUGAUUGGCUGUAAAGUUCAGAGGGUUCCAGAGGGAUCUACUGAACGUUACACUCGCUGGAUCAACACAAUCACUCAGGAUCAGCUCAUCACACAGGUGUACACGUCUCAUGGGCCUACCAUCAUCAUGCCAACAUGGUUCUGCUCAAGGAGCUGGUUCCUAAAGGUUGGACUGUUUGACGAGGGAGGCAGGGGAGUCCCGGAGGACUUGCUCUUCUUCUACCAGAAUAUUCGUCAAGGAGGGGGCAUGGCCAGAGUCGACCAGUGCCUGUUGGUGUACCGUUACCAUGAGAAAGCUGCUACACACUCUGUAACAGAGGAAACCAUUUGGAAGCUGCGUGUAAACUUCCUGCAAGAGAGAGUUCUCAGCCAAUGGGAGAGCUUCACCAUAUGGAACGCAGGGAAACAGGGCCGAAAGCUGUACCGAAGCCUGAGUCCGACCAAUCGGAAGAAGGUGAAGGCUUUCUGCGAUGUCGACGACAACAAGAUCCAGAAAGGCUUUUACACAUAUGAGGAAUCCAAGCAAAGACCGAAGCCAAAAAUCCCAGUUCUGCACUACAAAGCCGCCUCCGCCCCUUUCAUUAUCUGUGUUAAACUGGACAUGACUGGAGGUGUUCUGGAGGAAAACCUCAACACUUUGCAGCUAAAGGAAGGAGUAGAUUACUACCAUUUCAACUAACUGCUCACGGUGAUGGAGAAGACCAGAGGAGCCCUGCAGCUUGAGCAGGCUGCUGCAGAAGUCUGAGGAGUAGGCAGGUGAUAACAGGGAGGCUAACUGAACACUGGGACAAAGACAAUGCAAAGGAAUGAGAAGAUUGUAUUGUACUUGAAGUGGUAAAAGACAUUUUUAUGUGUGGGGAAUCUGAAAAUGUUCUUGAAGUUUUCCUUGGCAGAGUUGACAGAAUGGCUGAUUAAGGUACAACAACACAUCCCAGCUGCUCUUAUAUCUGUCCAUUUAAGAUACGUCCAGGACACGCAUAGCUGAGCACAAAGACUGGAAACAGGGGAAACACUAAACCUGGCUCUGUCCAAAGGCAACAAAAUUAGCCUGAGAGCAUGUCUAAAGCGGCAUUUCAUACACAAAAAGACAACUUAAAGUGCUUCUCAUAAAAGCAUAAAUAUGUGUAAACAUACAAAACAAAACAGAAAAUAGGACUAGGACCCGUUUGAUCUAAGGUGAGUUUUUGUCCAGAACCUUUCAGUGCUUUUUAUUUCUUGUUUUGAUACAAUUAUUCCACCUUUUUGUUCAUUUUUACAUCUCAACAUCUCAGCAAUGUGCUUCUUUCUCAAAAUUUCUAACUAUUUAAAUCUCAAGCAUGGAUGUUAAGGUUAAUAGAAAUAACCAUAACCUGACCAAGACUUCAGAGAUUUGGCACGAAAGAAAAAGUGGAGGUUUGAUGUAUAAUUGAGCUACAAAGAAGAGAGUGUUAGGCUCUUAUAUUUUACUCUUGUCAUGUAAGAGGACAUGAUGAUUGCCAGUGUUGACCGUUGGAGGAGUGAAAUGUUAUUGUGUUUUCCAACCCUGUCUGGUCUGAAAUUGUUUUUUUGCUGACCUGUUAGAUUAAAGAAAAUGAUCAGAGUCAGUACAUCA